CUUUUGGUCCACUUACCUACACCUAAUCAACCAUAAUCCAACCUUUAUUUAUUGCUUCCCAUAACACAUCUAUAAAUCUAUAGAGAAAACAUCAUAGUUCAUCAAAUCUCCAGUCAUGCAUCAAAAACCUUCCAUUGAUGCAACAAUGCUUCUUGUUAUUUGCAUUGUGCUAGUGUUACCUGAGUUCUCUUAUGCAGCCAUUAAGAAUUACCAGUUUGACAUUGGGUUGCAGAAUGUGACUAGACUUUGCCACACCAAGAGCAUGUUAACAGUUAACGGGCAGUUUCCCGGACCGACGAUCUAUGCAAGGGAGGGCGAUCGAGUGAUUGUUAAGGUGGUUAACCAUGCAGCCAACAAUGUGACAAUUCACUGGCAUGGAAUUAGGCAGCUUCAAAAUCCAUGGGCUGAUGGACCAGCCUACAUAACCCAAUGUCCAAUUCAAACAAACCAGAGUUAUGUGUAUGACUUCACUCUUGUGGGACAGAGAGGUACUCUUCUUUGGCAUGCCCACAUCUCAUGGCUCAGAGCCACAAUCUAUGGCCCCAUCAUCAUCCUUCCCAAGUUUGGAGUGCCUUAUCCGUUCCCCAAACCUUAUGAAGAAAUCACAAUCAUUCUUGGGGAGUGGUUCAACGCAGACAUAGAGGCUGUGAUUUCUCAGGCUUUACAAACAGGUGCAGGUCCAAAUAUUUCUGAUGCUUAUACUAUCAAUGGUCUGCCAGGUCCUUUAUACAACUGCUCCAAAGAUACAUACAAGUUGAAGGUAAAACCGGGGACUACUUACCUUCUACGUAUGAUCAACGCUGCACUCAACGAUGAACUCUUCUUCAGCAUCGCAAACCACAAGCUCACUGUUGUGGAAGUUGAUGCCCUCUACGUGAAACCCUUCACCACUGACAUCAUCCUUAUUACCCCAGGCCAGACAACCAAUGUCCUUCUUACAACCAAACCCUAUGUACCAAGCUCCUCAUUCCUCAUGGCUGCAAGCCCUUACAACACUGGCCAAGGAACCUUUGACAACACUACAACUGCAGGCAUCCUUGAAUACCAGAGCCCUUUAAAUAAUAAUAAGAAUCUCCCACUCAUGAGACCUAUUCUCCCAGGUCUCAAUGACACUUCCUUCGUUGCUAACUUCUCAAGAAGACUAAGAAGCUUGGCAAACUUUCAGUACCCUGCCAACGUGCCUCAGACUGUGGACAAGAAGUUCUACUUCACUGUAGGUUUAGGCACAAGCCCCUGCCCCAAGAACCAAACAUGCCAAGGACCCAAUGGAACUAAGUUUGCAGCCUCAGUGAACAACGAAUCCUUUGUUCUCCCUACUAGUACUUCCAUCCUCCAGGCCUACUUCUUUAAGCAAUCCAAAGGUGUAUACACUACUGACUUCCCUGACAACCCUCCCUUUCCUUUUAACUACACUGGAACUCCUCCGAAUAAUACUUUUGUUGAUAACUCUACAAAAGUAAAGGUGCUGCCGUUCAACACAGCAGUAGAAGUUGUCUUGCAAGAUACUAGCAUUCAAGGAGUGGAGAGCCAUCCACUUCACUUGCAUGGAUUUAACUUCUUCAUUGUUGGACAAGGGUUUGGGAACUAUAACCCUAACACUGACCCAUCUAAGUUUAAUCUUGUUGAUCCGGUUGAGAGGAACACUGCCGGAGUACCUUCCGGUGGGUGGGUGGCCGUCCGUUUCCGAGCAGAUAACCCUGGUGUGUGGUUCAUGCAUUGUCAUUUAGACGUGCACACAAGCUGGGGUCUGAAGAUGGUUUGGAUAGUGUUGGACGGUGAUCUCCCUAGUCAAAAACUUCUCCCCCCACCUUAUGAUCUUCCCAAGUGUUGAAGAAUCUUUUGUUAAUUUGUCGUGCAUUAGAGAUUGUGAAACAUUUGCUUUAAUUAUGUUGCUUUGAUUUGAUUGUGGUUUGGUGCUAUACAUCAUUUGGUGGAAGCUCUCUCUUUCUUUGUGGUGUUCAUAGCAUGCGUUGAAAACGCUUAAUAAAUGUAUUUUGUAAAUGUUUGAGUGUGUUUUAUUUAA